CUUGUGUUGUCCGUAAUGGCGGCUGCAACUUCUUUCUCCCACACUGUGGCUUCUCCUUCUUCCUCUUCAUCUAAAGCCUUGAAGGCAGCCUCCACCACCCCAAGUCUCAGGUUGGGUUUUCUCUCAUCGGCUUCUAAGACCUUAAAACCUCUCUUAGCUCGUGUCUCCACAAGCAAUAGCUCCUCCUCGACCGGAGGAUCUGCCUAUGGAGCUCGUAUGGUGUCCAUGCCUUUGAUUAAACCUUCUACAACUCUUGAUUUUGAGACCUCCGUGUUUAAGAAGGAGAAGAUUACGCUUGCUGGUCAUGACGAGUAUAUUGUUAGAGGUGGGAGGGAUUUAUUCCCUUUGCUGCCUGAUGCAUUCAAGGGCAUUAAGCAAAUUGGUGUCAUUGGGUGGGGUUCUCAGGGGCCUGCUCAGGCUCAGAACUUGAGGGAUUCUCUUGCUGUAGUAAAGUCUAACAUAGUGGUGAAGGUUGGACUGAGGAAAGGUUCCCGUUCUUUUGCCGAAGCUCGGGCUGCUGGAUUUGCUGAAGAGAAUGGAACUCUAGGUGAUAUAUGGGAAACCAUCUCAGGCAGUGAUCUUGUGUUACUAUUGAUUUCUGACGCAGCACAGGCAGAUAAUUAUGAGAAAAUAUUCUCCCACAUGAAACCAAACAGCAUACUAGGACUUUCCCAUGGAUUUCUUCUUGGACAUCUGCAGUCGCUCGGUAUUGAUUUCCCUAAGAAUAUCAGUGUAGUUGCUGUAUGCCCCAAGGGAAUGGGCCCUUCUGUAAGGAGACUUUAUGUUCAAGGCAAAGAGAUAAAUGGUGCUGGGAUCAAUUCAAGUUUUGGUGUCCAUCAGGACGUUGAUGGUAGGGCUACAGAUGUUGCUUUAGGAUGGUCAGUUGCCCUUGGCUCUCCUUUUACAUUUGUUACUACUCUAGAACAAGAAUAUAAGAGCGAUAUUUUUGGGGAACGAGGCAUUUUACUUGGUGCCGUCCAUGGAAUUGUGGAGGCCUUGUUUAGAAAGUACACCGAAAAUGGAAUGACUGAAGAUCUUGCUUACAAAAACACUGUUGAGUGCGUCACAGGAAUAAUAUCAAAGACCAUCUCAACAAAGGGUAUGGUGGCUGUUUACAACUCAUUGUCAGAGGAUGGUAAAAAGGAAUUUGAGGCUGCCUACAGUGCUUCAUUUUAUCCUUGUAUGGAUAUCUUGUAUGAGUGCUACGAAGAUGUAGCCAGUGGGAGUGAAAUCCGGAGUGUUGUGUUGGCUGGGAGUCGAUUUUAUGAAAAGGAAGGUCUACCAGCAUUCCCAAUGGGCAAAAUCGAUCAAACGCGAAUGUGGAAAGUCGGUGAGCGCGUACGAGCUGCACGACCAAAAGGUGACUUGGGUCCUUUGCAUCCUUUCACAGCUGGAGUCUAUGUGGCAUUAAUGAUGGCUCAGAUUGAGAUAUUGAGGAAAAAGGGGCACUCAUACUCAGAGAUCAUCAACGAAAGUCUGAUUGAGGCUGUGGAUUCUCUGAACCCUUUCAUGCAUGCAAGAGGAGUCUCGUUCAUGGUCGAUAACUGUUCCACGACUGCUCGAUUGGGAUCUAGGAAGUGGGCUCCACGGUUUGAUUACAUUCUGACCCAGCAGACUUUGGUAGCAAUAGACAAGGGUGCUCCCAUCAACAGAGACCUCAUUAGCAACUUUCUAUCAGACCCGGUGCAUGAAGCUGUUGACGUCUGUGCCCAACUGAGGCCUUCUGUCGAUAUAUCAGUGACAGCGGAUGCCGAUUUUGUCCGCCCAGAGCUGCGCCAAUCCAGCAAUUAAACACGAGAUCUUUUCUAGCCAGUAUUUAUUUUGAUGGGAAUGCUUAAACACAGUUCAUGAAUUUAGGGAUCUGAUAGUCUGCCUACAUGGUUUACCUUGUUGAGGUCAUGUUGUCUAGUUAGUGUUUGGGUUUAAACUGCGAACAAAGUUUUGUAUGAUUGGGGAAUCUGUGCUGUUUUGGUCUUCAUCAACCUGGUUAAUGCCUCUU